ACUCCAUAUAUAAUACCGCCUUCACUCAACCUAUUUCUUUCAUCUUCUCUGCUUCAUCGGAUUACUCUCUCACAAUAAUCCUUAAGAACCUACUCUUUUGAUUCAACAUUCAUUUCAGGCUCCCAGCGUUCUUCAACUCUAUCCACACCCUAAUCUUGGAAACUCGUGAAUGGCGAUGGAACAACAGGUUCAACGACAGGUUGCGCCAAUUCCCUUGAGCGAGAGGUGGAAAUCCCUAGCGCCCGGGGCAGAAGAGUUGGACAGCAAUCCAUCUGGAGGUUUCGACUGCAAUAUUUGCCUGGAUCUUGUGCAGGAUCCGGUGGUUACGAUCUGCGGCCAUCUCUACUGUUGGCCCUGCAUAUACAAAUGGAUGCAUUCCCAGAAUAGCUGUGGUGAAGAUGGUGAUCACCAACACCCACAGUGCCCCGUUUGCAAGGCUGAAGUUACCGAGAAGACCUUGAUUCCUCUCUAUGGCCGUGGCCUAACCACGAAGCCUUCUGAAGGCAAGGCUCUUGGCAUUGUGAUACCACAGAGGCCUCCGAGUCCAAGAUGGGGCGGUCAGGGUCAUGUCCUGAUACCGGCUACAACCCCUAACGGUUCUCACGCCUCCCAACAUCUCCAUCACCGAGGCUAUCCACCACAGCACACCCCAUCGUACCAGCCUUAUCCUGGUAGCUACAGCGUCCCGCCCAUGCUUAACCUCAGUGGCACGGCAACUACUGCUCUGAACCAUCCAAUGAUUGGGAUGAUUGGGGAAAUGGUUUAUUCGGGGAUGUUUAGGAACUCGGGAUCAAGCUUAUAUGCGUAUCCCAACUCCUCUUAUCAUCUGGCUGCUGGUGGCACUACUCCAAGGCAGAGAAGGCAAAUUGUGCAGGCUGAUAGAUCACUUGGCAGGCUGUGUUUUUUCCUUUGCUGUUGUGUAGUAUUAUGUCUUCUCUUGUUCUGAUCACUCCCCUGCCUUCUGCUGCUCAUACCAUACCUGAUUACCUGUAAAAAGCCCCCUAGUCCUUAGUGAAUCAUGGGUACAAAGCCUAAAAGUCCUUGGUCCCCUCCAUCCAAUUAAAGAUUUCAUGUCUAAGCUUGUAGAGAAGGUGAAGAUUUUAUUACUAUGAUGUACCAAAAUUUUGAGAACCAAAAAGGCAUCUGGUUUCUUCUCCACUUCAUGAGUGUAAUGGAUUUCUCUAUUUUAUUCU